UACAAGUACAAAGAAGCCCACGAGAAGCAGAAGGGGCACUACAUCGGGUGUCCCAGCGCCAAGGACGACCCCAAGCUGGUGUUGGCCGCGCGCGCCAUGGCGCUGCAGAACGACCGCCUGUACAAGAAGGCCUACAACGACUCCAAGACCCAGAUCCACAUCCCAGCGGAUGCCCUGUCCGUGCAGGCAGCCAAGGAGUGCCAGACCCUGGUCAGUGACACUGACUACCGCCAGUACAUCCACCAGUGGACGUGCCAUCCUGACCAGAACGACGUGAUCCACGCGCGGCAGGCCUACGACCUGCAGAGCGAUAACGUGUACAAGUCUGAUCUGGAAUGGUUGCGAGGCAUUGGCUGGAUGACAGAAGGCUCAGUGGAGGUGAUCAAAGCCAAGAAAGCCCAGGAACUCCUGAAUGACAGGUUGUAUCGCACGCGGCCUGGGGAGCUCAAGUUCACCAGCAUCACUGAUGCACCAGAUGUUGUCCUGGCCAAGAUCAACUCUAUGCAGCUCAGUGAUCGUCUGUAUCGUGAGGCCUGGGAUAAAGACAAGACACAGAUUUCCCUCCCUCCUGAUACUCCUGUGAUGCUGCAGUCCAAAGUCAACGCUCUCAACAUCAGCAGUAAACAUUAUCAGAAGGCCUGGGACGAGGCCAAGGCGAAAAGCUAUGACCUAAGAGCUGAUGCCAUUUCCAUCAAACAAGCCAAGGCUUCCAGAGACAUUGCCAGUGAGUACAAGUACAAGGAGACCCAUGAGAAGCAGAAGGGGCACUACAUCGGGUGUCCCAGCGCCAAGGACGACCCCAAGCUGGUGUUGGCCGCGCGCGCCAUGGCGCUGCAGAACGACCGCCUGUACAAGAAGGCCUACAACGACUCCAAGACCCAGAUCCACAUCCCAGCGGAUGCCCUGUCCGUGCAGGCAGCCAAGGAGUGCCAGACCCUGGUCAGUGACACUGACUACCGCCAGUACAUCCACCAGUGGACGUGCCAUCCUGACCAGAACGACGUGAUCCACGCGCGGCAGGCCUACGACCUGCAGAGCGAUGCUGUGUACAAGUCAGACCUCGAGUGGCUCCGUGGAAUUGGCUGGUUGCCUAACGAGUCUCCAGAAAUUAAGAGAGUGAAGAAUGCUCAGGAUCUGCUGAGUAACAACGUGUAUCGUACCCCCAUCGACAGCCUCAAGUACACCAGCGUGGUGGAUUCUCCAGACCUGGUCCUUGCUAAAACAAACGCUGAGCAGAUCAGCAUUCCAAAAUACAAAGAAGCCUGGGAAAAGGACAAGACUAUGAUCCACAUUAUGCCAGACACACCUGAAAUCAACUUGGCCAAGGCUAAUGCUGUUAAUUACAGCCAGAAACUAUACAAAGGAGCUUGGGAUGAGCUGAAGACGAGCUGUGAUUUGAGAGCAGAUGCAAUCCCCAUCAAGACAGCCAAAGCUUCUAGAGAGAUUGCUAGUGAGUACAAGUACAAGCUGGAGCACGAGAAGCAGAAGGGACAUUACGUUGGAGUUCCAAAUGCAAAAGCAGAUGCCAAAAUCCGCUUUGCCCUCGACGUAGCCAAGGUUCAGAGUGAAAGGGAAUACAAGAAACACUUUGCCAAGUGGAAGACCCAGUGCCACCUCCCAGUAGACAUGGUGUCCAUCGUGUCAGCCAAGCAGGGGCAGGCUCUGGUCAGCAAUGCCGAUUACCGUCACUACCUGCAUCAGUGGAUCUGCCUUCCUGACCAGAACGAUGUCAUACAUGCUAGACAAGCCUAUGACCUUCAGAGUGAUGCUGUUUACAAAGCUGAUUUGGAAUGGCUGCGGGGAAUUGGAUGGUUGCCCAACGACUCCAUUGCACUCAAGCAUGUCAAGUAUGCUGGAGAUGUCCUGAGUGAGAGAAAGUACCGCACGAAAGCUGAAGCUGUUCCCUUCACUCCCGUAGCAGACAGGGUGGAUUAUGUCACAGCAAAGAACAGUGGUGAAAUUCUCAGUGAUAUUAAAUACCACAAGGCAUGGAAUGAGGUCAAGUCAAAUUACACUCUAACAGACACACCACAGCUGGACAUGGCCCGAGAGGCAGCCAGAAUCCUCAAUCAGAGUCUAUACAAGGAAAGUUGGGAGAAAGAAAAAGCCACUGGUUACCUCCUACCUCCUGACACUGUGCAGAUCUCUCAUGCCAAGCACUCGACUGAUGUUCAAAGUGAGCUCAAAUACAAAGCUGAAUAUGUCAAGCAGAGAGGUCACUACGUUGGGGUGGCCAAGAUGAGAGAUGACCCCAAGCUGGUGUGGUACGAGCACGCGGGCGAGAUCCAGAAUGACAGGUUGUACAAGUCAGACUACAACAAAACCAAGUCCAAAAUUCACAUCCCUCCUGAUGCCAUGGCAGUUGUGGCAGCAAAAGACUGCCAGAACCUGGUCAGUGACGUUGACUACCGCCAAUACCUGCGAGAGUGGACGUGCCAUCCUGACCAGAAUGACUGCAUCCAGGCAAGGAAGGCCUAUGACUUGCAAAGUGAUAAUGUCUAUAAAGCUGAUUUGGAAUGGCUUCGUGGCUGUGGUUGGAUCCCUCUGGAUUCAGUGGAGCAUAAGAAAGUGAAGAAUGCACAAGAACUGAUAAAUAAGAGAGCAUAUACCAAAGAAGCCCUUGAGAACUUCUCCAAAUACACCAGUGUGGUGGACACUCCUGACAUCGUCUUGGCCAAGAUGAACUCUGUCAAUCAGAGUGAUCUGAAAUACAAAGAGACGUUUAACCUUGAGAAAGGGCAGUACAUUGGGUCUGAUGAUACUCCUGCACUGCACCAUGCCAAGGACAUGUCCUUACUGCACAGUGAGAAACUUUACAAAAAGGCUUGGGAAAUGAGCAAACCCAUUGGGUACACUCUGGAUGAGAAGUACAUUCCCCUGGUGGGAGCAAAGCACGCGAACCACAUCAACAGUGAGCGUAAAUACAAGGAAAUCUACGAGAAGCUGAAGGGUCACUACCUGGCUGGGAAGGACAUUGGUGACUUCCCCAGUGUCAUUCACUCCCUGGAAUUCCAGAAAAUGAGGAGCGCGUUGGCCUACAGAAAGAAUUAUGAAGACAGCAAGACAAAUGUCCAUAUUCCAACUGACAUGAUGAACCAUGUGCUGGCCAAGAAGUGCCAACACAUCCUGAGUGACCUUGAGUACAGAAAUUACUUCCACCAGUGGAACUGUUCCGCUGAAGAAAAUGAUGUUAUCCAUGCCAGGAAAGCCCAGGAAAUCUUGAGUGAUGUAUUGUAUAAAGAUGACUUAAACUGGCUGAAGGGACUUGGGUGUUAUGUCUGGGAUACUCCACAAAUCCUACAGGCUAAAAGAUCAUAUGAUCUCCAGAGCCAAAUCAAAUACACCUCUGCAGGAAAGGAGAACUUACAGAAGUUCAGUGUGGUUACAGACACUCCUGUCUAUGUGACUGCAGUGCAGAGUGCAGCAAAUGCCAGUGAGGUGAAAUACAAGGAAGAGUUCCAAAGGACUAAGGACAAGUAUACACCUGUGGCUGACACAGUGGAAGCUGAGAGAGUUCACAAUUUGAAGGAUCUCUAUAGCAAUAACCUCUACAAGAAAGCCUGGGACAAAGUGAAGGCCACGGGCUACGUGAUGCCCUCGGACGCUGUGGCCUUGGCGCGUGCCAAGGAGCUGAAGCACAAUGCCAGUGCUGUAAAGUACCGUGAAGAGUAUGACAAGUUUAAAGCACUUUACACUCUCCCCAGAGGUGUUGAGGAUGAUCCCAACACAGAACGGUGCCUUAGGGUUGGAAAGCUCAACAUUGAUAGACUGUACAAAGAAGCCUAUGAAAAGACCAAAGCCAAAGUGCACACUGUGCCAGACAUGGUAGACAUCAUCUCUGCCAAGGAUGCCCAGAAGAAGAUCAGCGAGGUGGAUUACCGUACACGUCUCCACGAGUGGAUCUGUCUGCCAGACCUGCAAGUCAAUGCCCACGUUAGGAAAGUCACUGAUCAGCUCAGUGAUGUGAUCUACAAGGAUGAUCUUAACUGGCUGAAAGGCAUUGGCUGCUUUGUGUGGGACACUCCGGAGAUUCUCCAUGCCAAACAGGCCUACGACCUGCGCAGUGACAUCAAGUACAAGUCUAAGGCAGAAAAAAUGAAGAAAGACUUCACUGUGGUCACAGACACUCCUGUCUACGUCCAGAAUGUCCUCAGUGCCUUGAAUUUAAGUGAGGCUGUCUAUCGUGGUGAUUACAGGAAGAAUGUUCAAGGCAAAAUGAUUCCUACUGAUAAAACAGUCGAUUUGGAGAGAGCUUAUAAUGCAAACAAAAUCCAGAGUGAGAACUUGUAUCGCUGGGCUGGUCUGAGUGCUCUCCCCACUGGAUACAGCCUUCCCACAGAUACUCCAAACUUCCAGCAUGCCAAACAUGUCCAAUACAUUGGCAGUGAUCUGAAAUACAAAGAAGCCUAUGAACACAUGAAAGCUAAGGGCUAUACUCUGGGCCCUCAAGAUGUUGGGUUUGAAAACGUGAAGAAAGUGAACCAAGUCAUUAAUGAGAGGUUGUAUCGGGCAACAUACCACAAGAACAAGGACAAGAUCCACACGACUUCGGACACACCUGAAAUCCGCCAAGUCAGGGCGACCCAGGAAGCUGUCAGUGAUCUGAUCUACAAGUCAGAUUUCUUCAAGAUGCAGGGACACUUGAUCUCCCUGCCCUACACUCCUCACGUGCUGCACUGCCGCUAUGCUGGGGACAUCAGCAGCGACAAUAAAUACAAAGAGGAUCUGAGGUGGCUGAAGGGCUUGGGCUGCUUCCUGUAUGACACUCCUGACAUGGUCCGUGCUCGUGAUCUGCGCAAACUCUGGUCUAAUUAUAUCUACACUAGUACUGCAAAGAAGAUGUGGCCUAAAGUCAAUUUGGUGUUGGAUACUCCUGGAUACAGAGCAGUUCAGGAGCUCAAAACCCAUUUGAGUGAACUGGUUUACAGAGCUGCAGGCAACCAGCUGAAGACAAAAUACACUUCCAUCCUUGACACACCCGACUUGAUCAGAGCCAAGGAAGGACAAAAGAUCCAGAGCCAGUACCUGUAUGUGGAACUUGCCACCAAGGAGAGACCACACCACCAUGCUGAUAGCCACACUCAAGCCUUUACACACGCCAGGCAUGUCAAGGACCUGAUCAGUGAGAAAAAGUACAAAACUCAGUAUGAGAAGAUGAAGGACAAGUACACACCUGUCCCUGACACCCCAGUGCUGAUCAGAGCCAAGAGAGCAUACCUGAAUGCCAGUGAUCUGCGCUACAAAGAGACCUUUGAGAACACAAAGGGCAAGUACCACACAGUGAAAGAUGCUCUGGACAUUGUCUAUCACAGGAAGGUCACUGAUGACAUCAGCAGUGUGAAAUAUAAGGAGAAUUACAUGAGCCAGUUAGGGAUCUGGAGAUCCAUCCCAGACCGACCAGAGCAUUUCCAUCACCGCCUGGUCACCGAUGCCAUCAGUGAUGUGAAAUACAAGGAGGACUUAGCAUGGAUCAGAGGCAUUGGCUGCUACGCGUGGGAUACUCCAACUUUUGCCCUGGCAGAACAGAAUAAAGUGCUCUACAGUGGGUGCAAGUACAAGGAGAUGUUUGAGAAGACCAAGUCUCAGUUCAAGUACGUGGCUGACUCUCCAAUUAACGAGCACUUUAAAUAUGCAACUCAGCUGAUGGAUGGGAAAAGCUAUAAGUCAGUGGCCAAGAUGCUCCAGGAACGUGGAUGUAAUGAAAUUCUGAGGCCAGAUAUGCUGACAGCUCUCUACAACACACACUUUUGGAGCCAGAUUCAAUACAAAAAGGACUAUGAAAAGAAGAAAGACAAGUACACGACAGUUCUGGAUACUCCAGAAUACUUAAGGACCACGAAAGUCAACAAACAGAUCAGUGAUAUUGUUUACAAACUGGAAUACAACAAAGCCAAGCCCAAGGGCUACACCACCAUCCAGGACACGCCGAUGCUGCUGCACGUGCGCAAAGUCAAGGACAGGAUCAGCGAUCUGAAAUACAAAGAGAUGUACGAGAGGAGCAAAUCUCGCUGCAAUGUCAUAGCAGACUCUGUUCACAUCAAGACUCCAAGACAUGCUUACAAGCUAAACAGCAAUCUGGAUUAUAAGAAGAAAUACGAAGCAGCCAAGGCCCACUGGCACCUGAUUGCUGACAUGCCUGACUUUGUCCAAGCAGCCAAGUCCUCUCUGCAGCAGAGUGAUUAUGAAUACAAACUGGACAGGGAAUUCCUGAAGGGAUGCAAACUCUCUGUCACAGAUGAUAAGAACACAGUGUUGGCCUUAAACAAUGCCAUCUUGGCCAGUGAUAUAAAAUACAAAGAGAAGCACAACAAAGCCCGAGGAACGUACCACGUCGUCCCCGACACACCUCAGAUCCUCCUGGCCAAGAACGUCAGUUCUCUUGUCUCUGAGAACAAGUACAAGGAGCACAGCAAGAAGCAGCUCCCACACGGCUCUUUCACCACUCUGCCUGAGACACGAGACACUGUUCACGUCAAAGAGGUGACCAAGAAUGUCAGUGAGACAAACUAUAAGAAGAAGUUUGUGAAGGAGAAAGGCAAGUCUAACUAUUCUGUCAUGCUGGAGCCUCCUGAAGUCAAGCAUGCCAUGGAAGUGGCUAAAAACCAGAGUACAAUUCAAUACAAGAAGGAUGCCAAGUCAAAGCUGCACUACACACCUAUAGCAGAUCGGCCAGACAUUAAGAAAGCAACUCAGGCUGCUAAGUUAAUUAGCAAU